AUGAGGAAGUUCUUGAGGAGCGCCUUCAUCAAUAUCUACUACGAUUUCCUCGGGAAGAUUUCUGCAAGAAAAAGGAGAACAUCGCAAAAGAAUCUAGAAAACAUUUUAUGCCAAGGUAAAAAAAUACGUGAAAAGUUGAAGAAUGUUCAGCCAGGGUCGUAUUUGGAAAUAGGUGGGCUUAUGGCUACUCAAGAAGAACCACUGCAAAUAAAGAAAGGUGGACCUGGGCACACCAUUGGUGAUGGAGAGUAUACAUUAAAUCGUCUAACUGGUAUGUGCUGCUUAUUGUGCUGUGAUACAGAUAAAAAACUGUAUUAUUCAGCUGCUCCAGGUGCUGAACAUUUUACCGAAGUAUUUGACUACUACCCACUCCUCUGUGCCAUACAGCAACUCAAGAGUGGUAAAGUAUCUAAAGAAAGCAUUGCAAGAAUUGCAUCAGUAAAGAAUAAGGAUGGUGUAACUUUAGCACAGCGCUUAGUUGCUGAUAAGGCUAAUGUUACUAGUAAGGUCAAUUGUUUUGGAAAGGGAAAUAAUUAAAAAAAAAAAAAAUGUUUUCCGUUUCUACAGGCUAUUAUCUCGAAAUGGUUUUUGAAUAAUGGCAGAUGAAAAAUUGUCGUACCCUUAAAAUGUCCCCUGGAGUGCGACGUGUGGUAGUAUUAAUAAUGAGAAUAUCCUGAGCUGUCACUUUUUCCAAGGGCGACAUUUAUAUUUUAAAAGAUAGUUUUCUUUAAGUUUGAAAUUAAUAAUAAUAGAUUACAAUAUAAUAUAGUUUCCGCAUGGUAUUUUAUAAGCUACCUACGUAUUCUAAAUAAAAAAAGAUUUUGUUUUCUGUUAAUGGAAUUGUUAUUCUUUCACAUAAAACGAUUUAACGAAUUAAGGUUAACACUCAUGUAAUUAAGUAGUAAUUAUACGCGAAAAUUCGUUAAAUUUUAAUUUCUUUUUUCUUGUUUUAGUUUAAAAUGGAACAAAGACCGUCGAGUUCACGAGACCCUGUUGACGAUAUCUUCGCUACUUUAUCUUCAUGGCAGGAGCCGGAAGACGUGGUUGAGGAGGAUUCUGGUAUACAAGAAUCACUAUCAUUAAAUGAACUGUACGGCCUUCUCAGUGAAAAUAUCGACCAUCACUUGGAAGUUGAAGAGGAUGAAGAUGGUGCUGACAC